GAAAGAUCAUUAUGCUGCCAAUGAAAAAGACAUAAUCUUUGGAAUACCCGCUCCCUCUUUUCUCUCUUUCCUCUGUCAUCGUAGUCUAGAUGGAUCUGCCAAGACUUGCUUCAAUAAUCACAUCAUCAACAUUCACGAAAGUGCUCCUUCCUCUGGGAAAAAAUUCAUCAUUUCCAGCAACAAUAAUUAGGACCUUAAAUUCCCCCUGCUCAAUUCAAUGCAAUGCAUUGAAUUUAGUUUCUAAUGAUAACAAUAAUAAUAGUAAAAAUCAAACAACAGAUCGUCAAAUUGUUUCUAAAUACGAACCUUCUAUUUGGCCUCAUGAUUAUAUCCAGUCACUCAAUAGUGAAUAUAAGGAGGAAACAUACCUCAAGCAACACCAUGUUUUGAAGGAAGAAGUAAGAAAGAUGCUUUUCAAAGUUGAAAAUCAUGUUGACCAGCUUGAUCUUAUUGAUGUGUUGCAAAGGCUUGGAGUGGCUUAUCAUAUCAAGAGUGAAAUAAGGAACAUAUUGGACAGUAUCCAUAACAUAGAUUACUCCCAAAAAAAGAAGACUCUGCAUGCCACAGCACUCCAAUUCAGGAUCUUAAGGGAUAAUGGUUAUGAUAUAUCAACAGAUGCUUUUGUUGACUUUCUAGAUGAAACGGAUAAUUUUAAGAUAUCUCAGUCAGUUGAUAUUGAAGGAAUAUUAUCACUAUAUGAAGCCUCAUUUUAUUCAUGGGAGGGUGAAACUAUAUUGGAUGAAGCAAGAGAUUUCACUUGGAAAAUUCUUGAAAGAUAUUCAUUCAGAAAUAAGAGUGAAGGGAACUACUUAUCACUCCUAAUUGAUCAUUCUUUGGAGAUUCCAUUGCAUUGGAGGGCUCCACGAUGGGAGGCACAAUGGUUCAUUCAUGCUUAUGAAACAAGGAAAACAAUGAAUCCUUCUUUACUUGAGUUUGCUAAAUUGGAUUACAACAUUCUUCAAACCAUCCAUCAAGAAGACCUCAAGCAUGGGUCAAGUUGGUGGAAAAAACAAGACCUUCUAGAGAAGUUGAACUUUGCUAGAGAUAGGUUGGUAGAGAACUUCCUUUGGCCUUUGGAAAUGAAUUCGGAGCCACAUAUUCAAUUUUUCAGAAGGAAUUUAACAAAAGUCAAUUGCUUAAUAACCACAAUUGAUGACAUCUAUGAUGUGUACGGAACUUUAGAAGAGCUAGAACUUUUCACAGAAGCAGUUGAUAGAUGGGAUCCAAAGAUCAUUGAUACUCUUCCAGAAUACAUGCAGCUAUGCUUUCUUUCGCUCUAUAACUUUGUCAAUGAUUUGGCUUUUGAAUUCCUAAAAAUGAACGGUUUCUAUAUUGCUCCAUACCUAAAGAAAUCGUGGACAGAUAUAUGUAAAAGCUAUCUUAUAGAAGCAAAGUGGUACCAUAGUGCGUAUAAACCAGGGUUUGAGAAGUAUGUGGAGAACGGAUGGAUCUCCAUAGGCAUGCCGGUGAUACUUGUCCAUACUUAUUUUUUGGUUCCACACUCAUUCGAAAGAGAAGAACUACCUUGCAUUCAAGAAUAUUGUGACAUGAUUCGGUUUCCAUCAACCAUUUCGCGCCUUGUUAAUGAUCUUGGAACAUAUGAACGUGAAAGUGAAAAUGGUGAUACUCUGAAGUUAAUUCAGUGCUACAUGAAUGAAACCAGAGUUUCCGAAAAAAAUGCCAAAGAACAUAUAAAAUCCAUCUUGUCCUUAGCAUGGAAGAAACUAAAUAAGGAAGCUCAUAAUUCUUCUUUGCCUCAAAUCUUUGUUGGCAUGGCUGUGAACCUGGCCAGAAUGGCAAUGUGCAUGUAUAACCAUGGAGAUGGACAUACUAUUCAAGAUUCUCAAAUGAAGAGUCGUGUUCUAUCAUUAAUUGUUCAACCCAUUCCUUACAAAGAAAACUUGGCUGAGAAGAACUAAAAUUGCUGUCUCAUUAAUUAGUAUUAUUCAAAAUGAUGUGCUUAUUUUAUGCUAGAAUCUCUAUUUAAAUAAUGUACCUUA